ACGUGUGCAACUGUAUAUAUAAACCGAGGGCUAGUUGGAGAUAGGCACUUCCUAGCAUCAACUCAUCAGUCUGAACAGCUAAGACUAGGACUAAGCAUCAUGAAGCUUCUGGUCCUCGCGGCCUUUGUUGUGGCCGUGUCAUCGGGCCGUCUAGGGAGUGAAUCCAACUCUGCAGAUCAGCAGUGGCCAUGGCAGAGUGGUAAAGUGUAUAAGUAUGAUGUGGAAUCUCAUACUCUGGCUUCUCUUCCCGAUAGUGCUAGCACUGGAAGCUCUUACCGAGCGAGAUUCGUUAUACGUGCAAGAGAAUCUGGAAAGCUUGAUGCAAGACUGGAAAACGCAGUUCAUGCUUUAGUGCACAAAAAACUACGACAACAGAACCAAAUAUCUGAUGAAGAAGAAAACGACUACCAGCCGUUAUCGAAUCUGGAGAAACCUUUUGAAAUCAACGUCAACGGUGGACGGAUUGUCUCCCUCAAUUUGCCACUAGGGUUACCCCUCGCUUACGAAAAUCUGCUGAAAGGUCUCAUUGGAUCCCUUCAAAUCGAUUUGUCCACAUACCGUAACAUCAACUCACCUGGUGACAAUUACGACAAUGACGCUAAACAGGGCCUGUUCCGUAAAAUGGAAACUGAUGUCACUGGUGACUGCGAAACAUUAUAUUCAGUAUCACCAUCAGCAUCGGAAUGGCGACGUGAACUUCCCAAGUUUGCCAACGCUGAAGAUCCUAUUGCAGUUACAAAGAGCAAAAGCUAUGACAAUUGCCAUCACAGAGUUGACUACCAUUUCGGAGUUCCCGAGGGUGUUGAAUGGACUGGUACUACACACUCCACCAAAAAAGAACAACUAAUAAAGAGAUCAACGGUUUCUCGCUAUCUCGUGGGUAAGAAUGGGCCAAUUUACAAAGCAGAAACAACGAGUAUUGUUCAUGUUAGCCCACUUAUGUUCAGCAAGCAAAAAGCCGAAGUACACAGCAAGAUCACUAUUCAGUUAGCUAAUUUCGAAGACGACAAUGAACCAGAAUGGGAAAAACCUGAAGGCGGACGUGGAAUCGAAAACCUGUUAUACUCAUUAACCCCCAAACAAGUAUCAAUUGAUGGUUCGUCUACAUCAUCCGAAUCACCCGAUAAUGAGCAACUAGAAUCGCGUGUACGACGGUCAGCUAAAUCCAAAUCAAUAUCUAUAAACAAAGUUAUAAUUCAAAAGCACAGUGGGGAAAGCUCAGAUUCUAAAAGUUCAUCCAGUUCAGACGACUCACGUUCCACGUUUGUUAAUGAUGACGUUCCCAAAUUCAAUGAGCCUGCUUAUGCUGCUCUGUAUAUGAACUCUCAACCCCGUGGUGAUAAGAAACAGAAUCCGUCAAACGCACAGAAACUUGUUCAAGAAAUGGCACAACAAUUACAAAAUGCUAAUAAUAUGCCUAGGGCUGACUUCUUGUCUAAAUUCAAUAUACUGGUCCGAGUUAUUGCUUCCAUGAGCUAUGGUCAACUAGCGCAGGUGAGUCGCAACAUUGAAGCUGCGAAAGACCACGAAGAUGAAAUGAAAGCAGAUAUGUGGAGGAUAUACCGCGAUGCAGUGACACAAGCUGGUACACUGCCAGCCUUCCAACUCAUCAGAUCUUGGAUACAAGAAAAAAAAAUUCGAGGAGAGGAGGCUGCAGAAGUUGUUGCAGUUUUACCUAGAUCACUCCGUUACCCCACAAAAGAAGCUAUGAUCCAAUUCUUUGAGUUAGCUAUGAGCCCCGAAGUUAGAGAAGAAAAGAACCUUAAUACUUCCGCUUUAAUAGCUGCAACUAAAUUUAUUCAUAUGGGCCAAGUUGAUAACAGAACUGUGCACCGUUACUACCCAACACAUAUGUAUGGACGUCUUUCAAAUCAACAUGAUCGCUUUGUCUUAGACGACAUUCUUCCCCGACUUGAAGCACAACUACAGUUGGCAAUUGAGCAAAAUGAUAGUCACAAAGCUCAAGUCUAUAUAAAGGCCAUUGGAACUUUAGGACACCGAGAAAUAUUAAGAGUAUUUUCACCAUAUUUGGAGGGCAAGGUACCAGUUUCCACUUACCUUCGAACUCAAGUGAUUGACGCUUUAAAAACUUUAGCAAGACAAAAGGAUCGGUAUGUCAGAUCCGCUUUAUACAGUAUUCUCCGGAAUACAGCUGAACCGUACGAAGUCAGAGUAGCCGCUAUUAUGAACAUAUUUAUGACACUCCCAACUGAAGCAAUGUGGCAAGAAAUGGCUGAAAUGACAAAGAGAGAUCCUAGUCAGGAAGUACGUGCUGCUAUUAAGUCUGGAAUUCUAUCUGCAGCAAACCUAGAACACCCUCGCUACUUUGAGCUAGCAAGGUCAGCACAAGGUGUGCGCGAUAUGCUAACUGAAGAGAAUUUCGGUAAUCAACACUCAUUAAAAGCGAUAAGAUCCUACGGAAGAGAUGAUGAUGAUGUCGGCAUAUUCGGUGUAUGGUCAGCAAUCGGUGCAGAAGACAGUUUAAUUCCUAAAUCAAUAAGAUACUAUCUGCAAAACACAGUAUCAGGAUGGAAAGAAGAAACAGCAGUAAGUAUUAAAAAUCAUGGGUUACGAUCUCAGAACGGUAAACAUCUAGAAAUCGAGGUCGGCCCAGGAGCAGACAGCUCCAACUAUAAUGUCAAGGUCUUCACCAACACCAAAAAGAUAUCUGAGGGAGAGCUUACCACCUAUUUCGACGAAAGUGAGGAAUCUCCCAUCCUCGAAUACUACGUGCAGCCUGAUAAUGUUCUAGUUCUGAAGAUAAAGGAUAACCGUCUUAGGAUCAUGUAUGAUGGCCAGAGACUCGUGGUACUAUCAGCGCAAGGUCGGGGACAGAACAGAGGAAUCUGUGGACAGAUGAGUGGUAAAAGGCGAGACGAUUACAUGACUCCUUACGGCCUUGUAGACAACCCUGACCACUACGCGGCAUCCUUCGCCUUGAACGAUGAAAAUCCUGAACCAAGGACCCGGCAACUACAAGCGGAGGCAAAACAAAUGGCCUACCAACGCCAGAACAAGUAUACAGCAAUACUCCGCUCAGAUGAGAACUGGCAGAACUCGCAGUCAGAAAACAUGAAGUGGGAUGAUAGCGGUGUGUACAACGCCAGGAGCUAUUCUAAGAAGAAGGUACCAUGUAAAAUGCAGAAGCAGGUGCAAUACUACGAAAACUACGGAGAGAUUUGCAUAACGACCAAGCCUUUACCAGUUUGCCAGCCCUACUGCAAUGUUGAAGAUUACAAGGUUCAGGCGGCUCAGGUAGUCUGUCAUCCCAAAAUGGACCCACAGUUCAUUACUUACAGGAACCAAAUACGACAGGGUCUUAAUCCUAAAGUGUCUGGUGCACCUGAGUCUAGGCAAUACCGAGUUCCCGCUUCCUGCAAAGCAUAA